GUUUUAAAUGCGUGUUAAAAAAGGAUAGACACAUCACCUAAGUAGUAAAUGUAGAAAUUAGAAAUAUAUAAUGAGAUUGUGAUAAUUUUUGUGAAAAUAGCGUUGUAAUUGUUUCCGUUUUUGUAUACCGUAAUAAUUGUUAUUUAUUUUAUAAUAGUGUUCAUUGUUAAGUGAUUCGUUAUUGGAAUAUUUCAUAACUAAAGUCUACAUAACAAGUCAUAUGGGCGAAUAUCAAAAUGAAAGGAAUCCAAAUCAAUGCUGAGAAUUGAGUAAAUCAUGUCUUGGAUGAAAAAAAGGGGUUCAGGUACGCCCAGUCCGGCACCAACCCCGCCUGUACCCAUGUAUAACCCAAAUCAACAUUCCACAACUGAGACCCAAUGGAAAAAUCAACCGGUUCAUAAUAAUUGGUAUACGAACCAACAGGUUCAGUACCAACCGGUACCUAAACAAGGUCAACAACCCCAACAUAAUUACUGGCAGCAACAAUAUAACAACCCCCCUGUUUAUAACCAAAAUAGCCAGUAUGGUGAACCCCAAUAUCACAACCAACACGUGGGUUACCUUCAAACUAAUACAGGAUAUGGUCAGCAAAAUUAUAACAACGUGCAGUAUGGUCAGUUGAGUAAUCAGAACAAUUUAUACGAAACUCAAACCGGUCAACAGCACGUCGAAGCGGAUGCGUGGAAUUGGGGAUGGGGGGAUGAAGAUAAUUCGAACGUUCAAGCAAAUUUUAACCAAACCGGACGAGUUGAUGGCGCAUUUUCUAACGAAGAAGCGUGGAACUGGGGCGUGGAAGACGCGAAAAAUCCCGUUAAAAAUGAAAAUCCCGGCGACGUACAAGAUUUAUUCCCUAAAAUUUCGAAAAAUUCACAAAAAACUGAUAACGAUACAGCUCAAGAUCAUUCAACGACGGGUAAAAGGGGUAAAUUGGAGACGCCUCAAUGGUCGACUGAAUCCCAGAUUUCUCAAGAAUCGUCCGAUGACGUUCUGCAUACUUCUGAGAGCGAUAAAAGUCAUAUGAUGAGUCGUAGUUCAACAAUUAGUCAUUCACCGAUAUCUGGGCAAGAUCCUCAACCGCAAGAAGAUGCACCGGUUAAAAGGGAAACGUAUGAAAAUGAGGAAAUCGUUACUAAUUCUGCGCUACCUCGACCGCCGGUACUACCGCCGCCUCAAACUGUGAACGACGAAUCUAAAAAUCCUUAUAAAAGGACGACUGCUGUCUUAUCUCAUUCGUCGACGACAAAUAUGUUUAGGGGUGCGGUUGUUACACCGCCAGACAGUCGACAGAAUUUGUAUCAAACUAACUUUCAUAGUCAACAAGUUAAUCUCGAAACUCCCCCGGAAAAUUCCGAACAACCCGAUCCAGUAAAUCAACCGCAACCAUCGCAAAAAGUUAAACCAAAUCACAGACCCGAUAAUAACGAGGCUCCUAUAAACGAUAGAAAUCAGUAUCUAGAAACCGGUCACUUAUCAGAAGGCAAUUACAACGACCAUACGGAUGAUAUAGAAAAUGAACGUGAAGAUCUUAGGGGGCAACAAGAAGGAAGCGAUAACGUACCGCCCCCUGGACUGAGGAGAAUGGUGCCGGGACAAUUAGAGCAAAGAGAAGGUGCCAGUAACCCUGGGAAUUUCACCGACGAACCACCACCGGGACUCAGCAGGAUGGUUCUGGGACAAACCGAAGCGAAUAUACCGACGGCGACCCAAACGUACGGACCCCCGGAAGGUCUACGUCGAAUGGUACCCGGCGAAUCGAGUUCUCCCGAAUCUCCACUCAAUCAACAGAAAAACCAAGAAGAAAACGAUUCCGAACCGGAAUUUAAUCAACUGGUCCAACACGCCUCCCAACCUCGAUCGGCUACCAUUGGUGCGGAUACCCCGCCGAGUGUUAACAACCCACCGACAUCUGCAAAUCCGAAUCGAACGAAUCCAGAUAACAAAAGAAGAGAUUCCGUCGAAGGGGAACUACCGGAAAACGAAAUCGCCAAAAUGACGAAUUCCGUUCGAAAUAUGACGGUUGGGGAGAACGUAACCGACGGUCAUACAUCGAAUACGAGUUUACCGGAUACGGCGGCGCAAAGGAGACACAGUAAACAGGAGAGCAGCGACAGCGAUUCGAGGAAACCGUCGAUAUGGUCUUCACGGGACAAAAGAAUCACCGAAAGAAGUAGAAGAGAACGAGAAAAGGAAAGGGAGAAACUGAGGAAGGAGAGGGAGAGAUAUAGUCCGGAUAGUUACAGGGAUAAAAAAUACGAAAGACGUAAAUAUCGAGGUCGAGGAUACGAUGAGGAUACGGAUUAUUACAGCGAUAAAGAGAAGGAUAGAAAAAAUUACGAGGAUAGGGAUAGAAGAUACGGUAGUUUGAGGAAAGACAAGGAGAAGGAUAGAAGGCGAAGGGACCCCAGGGAUUACUAUUACUCCAAUAGAUACGAUGAGGAAUACGAGCAAAGGUCGAGACCAUCCAGUCGAUCUGAUUCCAUGCACGAUUCAUAUAGAGCUAGAGAUAGAGACGAUCGCGAUAGAAGGCAUAGAGAUAGAGAAAAAUAUAGGAGUCGAAGAGAUCCACGUGAUGUGUAUAAUCCAUAUCAGGGUUUUUCAUACGAUCCUUACAACCCAUACUACCAACAAUACCAAUAUUACGAGAAUCUAAGGAGAACCAACCCUCAAGCUUACGCAGAAUGGUACAGGAAGUACUAUCAACAGGCUACCGGUCAAACAGCCCCAUUUGGAGGCGAAGAUAGAGCCUCGGUUCAUUCUGGAAGGAGUUCCGCCAACGACGAACUUGCAAAGGAUCGGUAUACAAGACAGAGUUUUUACGGUCAGAUGAGCGCCUCGCAAUUAGGAGGCUACUACAGGGAUAUGCAUACGCAUAGCAUAUCGGGAGGCCAAUAUGCUUUAGAUACUUCUAGUUAUUCACGUCCAUUCGAUCAAACGGAUUCUUCUAUAAACCUCGAAGAUACGACUUUGGCUUCUCAACGGUUAACCCCCGCCAAAUUCGCGACUGCGCACAUUAAAGCUUCCAUAAGAUCCGGUAAAUUACUGCGCAUCCUACCCCAUUACCCCAUGGACGGACAAUCUGCCACCGUGGAAAUUUGUAACACCCAAUCGUUUUUGGUUAACGACGAGGAAUUCAAAGAGAUGAGUCAAUUCCCGGGUCCUCUGGUGAAAGGUGUUACUCACAAGAAGACGAUCAUCGAAUAUUGCGAAAAUAAAAUUAGAAACGCCAUUACAGGACAGAAGAUACAAGAUGUCGAUAGUUAUAUUUUGAUGUGGGAAUUAUUGAUAUUGUUGAUUAGGCAAAAUGGGAUGGUAGUGGGCGCUGAUAUCGCCGAACUUUUGUUAAAGAACAAAAGAGAAAUUCCCGUUCCUCGUCCUUCUUCUGCAACAUCUAAUUUGAGUAGCAACAAUGGCGAACUUAAUCCUUCUUCCGAAUCCGGUAAUCAACACAAAUCCGAUUUAACGGGUAGUUUAAUAUCCGUUAUGAAAGAAGAAGAAAUUACUAAUAAAUUUAGAGAUUUUCUUUUGUACGGAUCUGGUCAGGAAGCUCUAGAAUGGGCGAUGAAGCACAGUUUAUGGGGACACGCGUUAUUUUUGGCUAGUAAAUUAGAUAAAAGGACCUAUGCGAAUGUCAUGAUGAGGUUCGCAAAUGGUUUAACGAUGAACGAUCCACUCCAAACUUUAUACCAAUUACUGUCUGGUAAAAUGCCAGCUGCAGUAACGUGUAUUUCCGAUGAAAAAUGGGGUGAUUGGCGUCCCCAUUUGGCGAUGAUUUUAUCCAAUUCCUCCCAACGUCCGGAACUUAAUUGUAAAGCUAUAACUUCUAUGGGGGAUACUUUGAGGCAUAGGGGAAAUUUGUAUGGGGCGCAGUUUUGUUAUUUGAUGGCGGAGGUUGGUUUUGGAAAAUACGACGAUCCCGAAACACGCCUAGUACUACUAGGUGCAAAUCACUCAAAACCUUACCCCAAUUUUCCAUCAAACGAAAGCAUACAUAUGACUGAAAUAUACGAAUACGCGUGUGGUUUAAACGACCCCGAUUUCUUCAUACCACAUUUCCAGGUUUACAAAUUCCUUUUGGCGACUAGAUUAGUCGAUCGGGGUCUUGUGGAAAAAUCUUUGGCUUAUUUAGAAAAAAUAUCGUCGUUAGUAGUUUCAAAUCCUUCAUUAGUGGACGCUACUUUCGUCGAUAACGUUUACAAUUUAGCAGACAGAUUGAAGUUUUACGAUCUGGUUGGAGAAGUUGAGGACGAAUCCGAAUUUGGGGGUAUAUUGGAAACCAACAGACCAGAUAAUUCUUGGUUGAGAGAUCUGAAAGCCGUUCAAAACGAUUUCCAUUAUCUCACGUUUCAGGCUGGAUUAAUCCAUCAUCAGAGCAUGCCAGUUCUACCGGUUUACACUAAUGCCAACGAUCAAGAUAAUUACGAGCAAGGUGUGGUGGAAUACCAACAACAACAGUAUGAAUAUGACGUACCGCAACAGUCCUGGCAACAGAAUCAGCAACCGGGGCAGGAAUACCAAGAGCAGCAGCAGCAGCAACCACAACAAACCGACUUUUCCCAAAAUCAAUAUCAAGACCCGAACAGCUACUGGACGAAUCAACAACAGCAAUGGGGUGAUCAAUUGAAUCAAUACAGUCAAGAAAAUUCUGAUCAGCAAACUUUAUACAAUUCUAACCCUCAAGAAGAGGAAAAACCUCAACCAUCAAUCACCCUCCCCAAUCAAGCGGACACCAACAAAGAUAAACCGGAGAAACCUGAAGAACCGAAACAACAACCUCAACCAACCGUUCAAGAAAAAACCCAAAGUACUGGCUGGUUUGGCGGUAUAUUCAGUAAACUGGCUUUAAAACCGAAAAAUCAAAUGAAGUUACCCGAAGAUAAGAACCCGAAGAUCGUAUGGGACCAGGAUAAAAAACGUUGGGUGAAUAUAGACGACGAUACCAACGAUGCCGCUAACGAAUUCAAACCACCCCCGAAACUAUCGGAAUUGAUGCCUAAAAUAGCCCAACAAUCGAUUUCUACCCCUGCGGCUUUCGAUCUCGAUAAGACACUUACCAGUAGCAACCAGGGAGUAACUAGUACGAAUUCAAUAGAGGCGCAGCCUCAAGCUAAUAUAUUUAAAUUGCAGAGAAGUAGAAAUUUGAAAAAAUCAUAUGUAGAUAUUUUUAAUCCUAAUGGAAAUUCCGGACCGACUUCGCUUCCUCUUCCUACGCAAUCUAUUUCUGGAGUACCUCAAAUGAAUUUUUUUGUACCGCAACAGGUUACAGAUCCCAAUGCGCCCAUUGAUUUCCUCACUCCAGGUGGGGUACCUCAUGUAGGAGAAACUCAGCAACAAUAAUCGAUUCGUUAAUGAGGUGUUAGAAUUGUUAAACGAAUAGGUGUGAAUGUUAUAAUUUGAUGUAAUUUUUAAUCGAUUUGAUCCUGUGAUCAUUAGGAAUUUUUAUUAUAUGAAUAUAUAUAGAGACAAUAUUGUUUAUAGGAUAAGGGAAUAAAAGAUAUACAUGCAUA